UGAAUGAGGAAGCCGUAUCUUUAAGAAAUAUGGGUGCUUUCCACCCCCUCCCCCGGUUCCUGUGAAACAUUAAUAGAUGCUGCCAAUGGGACAGAGCUCUUUAGGGGUGUUGUGUAAAAUACCUCACCUUGUGUUUGCUGCAGCCCUGAGCACACAGACACCUUUUGAUUUUUUUUCUCUCCAGAGAAGGAAAGAUAGGGCAAGUUUUGGAGAUGAGGCAGCAAGGAUGCUCUGCAACAGCAGUAACAACCAUCCCCUUCCCUGCACAAAACUGGGAGCUAUUGACUAUUCAUGGCAAAGCGUCCAAAGCGCAGCAGCAGAGCCUGUGGAAAAUGACAGCGUGUAACAAGAUUGACUGGCAUUUCCUUCGCACUGGGUCACAUGCCUCCUAAUUCACACACACGCAAAACCUCAUAGGCUGAUCAAAUGACUUCUAUCUCUGCAGUCCACAUACCUUCCACAGAAAGAGUUGUUUUAUUAUGCACAUGUACAGCUCUGUUUUCAAUCAGUCACCUUGAGCGAAUGACUGAGGGCCAGUGUUCGCUCCAUCGGGAGGUCUCUGCGUUUGCUUUCUAGGAGGCAUAGUCUCCAUCCGCUCUCACCUGAACUUUGGCUGCCUGGUAUAUGCUGUUGGGAUACCCUUAAGAGAUCGCCCAGGAAUGGUGGAUCACUUGCUGCCUACUGAUGAAUCCUUUUCAUCUACAAGAUCUUCUCUUGGAUACUUUGGGGACAUGACGGCAGGGGUGAGGUCCUACCAAAUGCUGCCCUCUCCCCUGUCAGAAGAUGACAGUGACUCGUCCAGCUUUUGUUCUUGUUCCAGCCCUGAUUCCCAGGUCCUCAGCUCCAGCUAUGGAAGCACAUCCAGUGCAGAAAGUCAGGACAGUAUCUUAGACUACUUAUUGUCCCAGGCAUCUUUGGGGAACACCAAUACAUCAUGGUGGGACAAAAGGAGACUUCAGCCAAUAGUGAAAGAGGAGUACUUUAGGUUGCCUGAAUUUGCUGUGGAUAUGGAAGACUCAGGACCAUUUCAGCCCACACUUGAGGAAAUUGAGGAAUUUUUGGAGGAGAACAUGGACUUGGAGCUCAAAGAAAGACCUAAAAGUGAGACCAAGGACUUGAGAGCCUGCAGCCAAGUUUCUGUUGCUUCACUACAGCAAAAAGACCAUAUGUUACCCAGCACUAGUUUAAAAGAGAGUAAAAAUGAACAGUUGAACAGCGUAACAGAAGGUGGCCAAGCUUCAAAUGGAGGAAUGACCCUCGAGAAUGGGAUACCGGUUAUGCUCCAAAUUCAGCCUGUACAGAUCAAACAGGAGUCCAACACGAGCCCCAGUUCCCAAGGACCAGCACAGGAAAAUAUUAAAAUUGCACAGCUCCUAGUCAACAUCCAAGGACAGACAUUUGCCCUUGUGCCUCAGAUAGUUCAGUCGUCCAAUUUGAACUUGUCCUCUAAAUUUGUCCGCAUUGCUCCCGUCCCCAUUGCUGCCAAGCCAAUUGGGCCAGGAGGCAUGAUCCAGGGUCAGACGGGAAUCAUCAUGGGUCAGAAAUUUCAAAAGAACCCUGCAGCUGAACUCAUUAAAAUGCACAAAUGUUCUUUUCCUGGUUGUACCAAGAUGUACACGAAAAGCAGCCAUUUGAAAGCCCACCUGAGGAGACAUACAGGAGAAAAGCCCUUUGCGUGCACGUGGCCGGGCUGUGGAUGGAGGUUCUCCAGGUCAGAUGAGCUGUCCCGGCACAGGCGUUCCCACUCAGGGGUGAAACCCUAUCAGUGUCCCGUCUGUGAGAAGAAGUUUGCUAGAAGUGACCACUUGUCCAAACAUGUCAAGGUGCAUCGAUUCCCACGAAGCAACCGCUCCGUCCGUUCCGUGAACUGAUUGUUCCCGCUUUCCCCUUCCCACCCAGCCAUCUCACAACAGCCGAUGACAGCACUUUGCUCACUGUAUUUCUAGUGAUAAUUUAUUUGUCUCCACAGAACAGUCAAUGCUGUUACUUUAUACCACCAUGUUUGAGUGCCCCAUGUUCCUUCAAAGAUGAUUUGAGAAUGAAGUUCCUUUUGGGUCAGGGGAGUGGGGUGCUUCUUCCUUUUUUUUUUUUUCUUUUAAGGAUAUUAUUUUUCUUUCCUUCUAUCUGUCCCUCCUUUGCUGCUGCUUCUUUUGGAAAUUACAGUGUUUUAUUUUUAGCUGUUUUCUGCUGCACAGGAAAAUGUAAAAGUUGCUUGCUGCUAGUUAAUUAUAGCCCUGGCAUUCCUGAGGGCUUUGCUCAUGUACAGGCCAUUCAUUGUGAGUUUUUAUUAAGCUGCUCUAUUUGUCCAGUUUGGAAACAGCAAAUUCCUUUUGAAAUGAAAACAACUCCUUUGUUUUUGGGUCGCCUGAGCCAAGGAUUUGUAGGGGCUGGCCAUAGGAGGAGGAAUAGUGGGAGUUGGGGAUAGGGGGAGAGAAGGCUUGAGAGCACUGGAAUGUGCCUUCAUACACAUCUCUAUGCAGCUCUAAUUUCCCCAGCUCACAUUUACCUUUCCCUUGGCUAGGGCUAUAUAUAAAUAUUUAUGUAUAUAUAUUCAUACAUACAUAUAUAUAUAUAUUUAAGCAAAGGCACAUCCCAGGCAAACUGGGAGGCUCAGGCUGGAUGAAAUGGCUUGGAGUGGAGCCUUUCAGUACUUUGUGCUUGCUUCUGUCCUGUGCUGCCAUGGGGUGAAAGGAUGCCCAGGUGUGGAAGGACACACUGCUUUCCUUUGAGUCUGGUUUGCAGCAUCCAUUGUCUUUAGCAGAAGAGCUGUUGUCUGCAUGUAAGGCAGCAGGAAGACAUUUCUGAGAGCGUCUGAGCCCUGGUCCUAUCUCUGCUCCCAUCCUCUUGUGUGAUCGUGGGGGAGAAACCAGGGCCCCAGCCUCGGAGGUGCCUGGUGGUCCUGAUGGGCACCAGGCAUCCCCGCAACCACCAUGAAUCAAGGCCUCGCUGGCUGGAGCUAAGUCUCCAUUUGCCUGCUGGCAGGCAGGGUCUGUAGGAUGUGCCCGUGCCCAGGGAGGAUGGGAGGCAUCAUGGCCUGGUGGGACAGCACUGCGAGAUCGGGGUCUAAGGGUGAUCUUCAGUGCUAAUCCUCUCCUUCCUGACAGCCAUGUCAGAGCUCCAUGCAGCUGGGGUGGGCGAAUGGGUGAGAACAGUAGCCAAAAGAAACAAAUUUGUGUGAUAGCUGGCUAAGAAGGGAAUUUAAACAAAUAAUCAGAUGGUAGCAGGCAAAUGAUUUUGUUUUUGUUUCUUCUUGUUUUGUUUUUUUUUUCUUUUCAACUCUGGCAAUUGUAAGAAGCUUUAGAAGAAAAUAGAAUUCAGUAAUUAGAAAUGAUUUUAUAAUGGAUGUUGCAUUUCCUUUCCAUUCGCAGACAGCAUCUGUUUGUCCUUUUUGUUGGCAAAAUGGGAAAUAGGAAAGUGCGAUCCUAGUGCUAGGCAGAGCAGGAGCCUGCGCUGUGCGAGAACAGCAGGUCUAGCUGAAGUGAAUGCAUUCCUUUUGUCCUCUAGAAAUUAAUAUAAAUGAACUAUCAUCUGUUGACUGGUUUAUAUCACAUCCUAUGAAUGUAUGUAAAUAAAACUGUACAUAGAUGCAUAUCUAUAUAAAAUAUCUUUUAAUAACGUAUCAAAUUUGUGUAAAUUGGAAACAAAAAUACCUAUAAAGCCAGUGUACAUAAGUUACAAUUCUGUAUAUUUUCUUUUGUUCUUCAUAAAAAUAUAUUUACUUUGACAAUAAAAUGAAAAUGGAAAUUUUAAAUCCCUCCUUGAAAUUAUUAUUCGUUAAUUUCCUUUGUAGCCAGCUCUGUAAUCAAGACAAUAGCACUUCAAAUUUCGAUUCACCUGGAUGUAACUUUUCAGGUGCUUUUUAAAAGGGAGAUGAUGGAAGAGCUCUGAAGUUAUCUUCAGUUUUUCUCAUCUCAGAAAGUUCUUGGGAGGCGCGAGAUGUUUCAGCUCUCUCUUCGCCGGAGCCCUCACGCCUCGCCUGGCAGCCACGCUGGGACCCAAAUGCCUUCCUUGGCUCCUGACUGCUGUGGAACAGGUCUGCAGAUGCAGUAAAACUGUGGUUAAUGGAUUAGAGCAAACAGGUUUUGAAGGAAUUCAAACUUCAGUGGUUAGUGUGAAGGAGGAAGGGCUUCAAAGUCUGCUUCAGACUGCGACCGUGAUUCACUGCUCGAACCAAGACAAAGGACUCGAUUGCCGUGUGCUGCAGUUCCCUUUCUUGUAAAAUGGGGAUAAUAAUGCAUCACGGUGAUACUGUGGGACUUAAUUUACAUUUGUAUGAUCCUUGGAUGGAAGAAGCAGGAAUAAGACCAGUAGUCACAGGACUAGAUUGGUAAAGAAAGGCUUGGCAUGACGGAGGUCUUGGUGCCAAGGCGCUUCAGUUGGCUCUUCUGUAAACCCACACCUAAAAGAGUGAUGUGAAGGAUCUGUGGUAUGAAGCUUGCCUCAGGCCUGAGGAGAAGACGCCCUGUUCUGCAACAGCCAUUGCUUCCCAUUUGUAACAACAGGGGCAUGAACAUGAUGCUCUGGUGAUCUGCAAGCUGGGACAUCUCUUGCACUGUGCUUUUGGUUGCUUGGCCUCCACUGGAAGAAGAAACCAGCCACAUUACUGGUGUUAAAGUCACUUCUGAGUCUCCAUGGGAGCAAUGGUGCAGUGGGUCCAGAUCUUCUCCCAGCAUGAAUCACUCUGAGACUAACAGGCAUUGAGGGAUUUAAGUGUCUCCCUGAAGAACAGACACCAAAAAGUGCCAGCUGAUGAGCCAGGGCUCUCCAGACCCCUGAUUAUUUUUCCCAGAGAAUCCCUAUCAGUCUGGUAAAGAGGACUGAGGGAUGAGGUAGACUAAGUUCUGUACACUCCAGGUUGUUGUUACCUUCUGAGGUGUAGCCUGAAGACCAGAGUGCUAAGCACAGCUGUGUUAAGGGCUAGUCAUGUACUCAUUUUAAUUAGCAAGCCUGCACCAAGAGGAUCUGCGAUUCCCUUCUGUUCUCACCCUACCUAAAGUAAACCAGCUGCUUUAUUUUAACCAGCGUCUCAGUCUCCUCCCCAUCUCACCUGGAGUUCUGAUAUUGCUGUAAAGUUGGGCAAUUCACCCUGCAAGACACUCGGGGCAGAAGCUGUUAUUUUUCUGCAAGAGGCAAUACUUAAAGCUGAAGUGGAGUAAUGCAAAAUCCCUGCCGUUGUAGCACAGCAGGGCAGAAAUCUAAGAUCUAAGUUAUGUUCUAGCCUGGAAUAUUUUCCAUGAAAUCCUUAUUCUUUCUUUAUUUUUUUUUCUCUUUUCUAAGUAUGGUUUUUGAGUGUAGAUUGUGUGGAUUUUUCUAGUUAAUACCUGUAAGGAAAUGUAGGCUUAUGUAUAAGUCACGGUGUUUUGCUGAAAAGAGUAGGGCUGUGUUUGCUGUGAAAGGAGACUUAAUUCUGCAUGAAAUUAAUAACAUUUUUAGAGAUUUGUCACAAAAAAAGUAGAAAUUUCCGGAAGAGAUUUCAGUGUUUGUUUUAUGUGAAAUUACUGGCCUGCCUGGGCUUUGCCGAUUCAUGAGAAAAAUGUGGCCUUGCCUUAAGCCUGACUUUAUCCACCUGAAGAUAAAUAUAUAUCUAAGUGCUUUGCUACCACAACUAUAGAAAAGUUUAUUAUGUCCCUGCUUCAGCAACUCUGCAUGACGAAGCACAGCAUGGCAUAUUUAUACAUAAGCCUAUGUCUCAUUGACUUCAAGCUGUUAUAGUUUCAUUUCUGAGGUGUGAAUGGACACGUGCAGUGUUACAGCCUUUGCAAAAUGAUUGUGAUCUAGUUCCUAACACUCGCAAGAACUCUCUGUUUUUAAAA